AAAUCGAAGAUUACAAAGACCAUUCACCAUUUGUUGAAAGAUUGACAGUCUCCAAUCUCUCUUCAUAUCUAGGGUUUAUAUUUAUCUUGGAGGCUUUUGUUUUCCAUUUUUUUUUUAUCUGCUGAGGAGAGAUUUAUACACAUAUAUCUAUAUAUUGAAGUGUGUAGUAAUGGAGACUUCCCUCAGAUAUGGCGGAGACACCAAAGCUCUCAGAAUCCAUGCCAAGGAGAAGUUCCCCAUCGACUUAAAAACCCACUUGCUGGUUCGGGGUGAGCUAGAUACAAGAAUUGGAGCUCCCAGUUAUGUGAGUGCAGUAAUAAGACACUUCUACCCAGAUUUAUCAGCCAGCCUUGGCGUAGGAUUGCAAUAUGAUAAACAUGAAAAGCUUCGAUAUAGUGUACGUGGAAAAAAGACAUUUCCUGUGACAACUGAUGGCUUGUUGAGCUUUAAUGUCAAGGGACAAUGUGAUGUUGACAAAGAAUUUAGAGAGAGGAAAUCAAGAGGAGCUGCUGAAUUUAGUUGGAGCAUAUUCAAUUUUCAGAGAGACCAAGAUGUUCGGAUCAAAGUUGGCUAUGAAGUCUUUGACAAGGUUCCAUAUUUGCAAAUCAGGGAAAACAAUUGGACCCUCAAUGCUGAUAUUAAUGGUAGAUGGAAUGUGAGGUUUGACUUGUGAGAUAAGCAUAAGUUAAACAUAUUUUUUCAAAGGUGAUCAUAUGUUCUCUAUAGAGAAUAGAAUACUUUGUUUCUAUUUCAAUUUCUGAGAGACAGCUGAUGAGCUGAACCUGAUUAAUUGGAUUACUGCCUUGCAUGGGUCUUAAAUGAAUUUUCUUUAUCAACA